AACACAUGCACUGUGGCCGUGACCAUCAUCACAGAGGACCAGAGGCUCACGUGUUGGACCAAGUGCGGAGAUGGUUGAGUUAGCUUUACACAGUCCUUUUUAUUUUUGCACCAAGCACAAAGUAACAACUUGGCACGGGAACGUGGCAAAAUGUUUAGUGUGAACACGAAGUAAGGUAAAAUCACAAAAGACGGAAGUGACGGAUAAGGUAAGCGACUCAUGUUGUAACUGAUGUCAGACGCCGGAGAUUUUGGCAGAAAAUUAAAGCGAAUGGUAGUUUAGAAUUGAACAAAUUCCUUUAAGCUUCAGUAUUACCAAAUGCACUUAUCAAUUGUCUUAUAACUAACAACAUUUGUCUAAAUCAUCUUCAACACCCUGGAGAACAACAGGGAGAGUUUAGAGGCUCUCCAAGAUUACAUUGAUCAGUGCUUCCAGGAUCUCGUGAUGAAGGCCCAGAGUGCAUCUUCCCCGGCCAAACUUGAGACGCCGUCGUCGAAAAGAUGUCGCCCGGCAGAUUCCCCCGGCACAACAUCGCCAGCCGGCAAAGAUAUUGCCGACACACUGGAGUCAAUCGACAAGCGAUUGUCCAGUUUCGAUGCAAGGCUGUCCUUGGUGGAGAUUCUUCACCGGGAAUUUAAAUCCUUGCGAGAAUCCCUGGAGUUCAGCCAGCAGCAGGUGGAAACGCUCGCCGCUGAAAAUGCCACGCUAAGGGAGUCGGUGAAAUGUCUCACAGACAAUGUUACCCAGCUCAAUAGAGAAAAUAAAAAAAUAAAAGAGACAAUUAUUGAUCUACAAGCUCGUGGCAUGCGUGAUAAUCUUGUAUUUUCUAGUAUUCCAGAAGCCGCUGGAGAGGACGUGGAGACCACGGUAAAAAGCUUCAUCAAAACCCACCUGAAGCUGCCGGAGGACACGGUGAAGAACAUCGUCUUCGAUAGGGUGCAUCGCCCACGUCCUAUUGUGGCCAGAUUUGGCCACUUCAAACAAAAGGAACAGGUGAAAAGGCGCUGUGCUCCAGCCAUCCCCUCUACCUGUAUCAGUUUCCCAGGUAAGGAGGCCUGGGGCCUGGUUGGUCCUUGCUCCGGUUUCCAGGCCAGGUGA